GCACGCAUGCGCACGUAAAGCGGAAGUUCAUUUCGCAAAAGUAGCAAACAAAACCUAACGUUAAUAGUUUUAAAUAUUCAUUAAAUGUAGAUCUAACGCAGAAUCAGCUAUGGCAUUAUUAGCAGGAAAGCGUAAAGAAUGGGUGUUAGAAACGGUUGAUUUGUUAAGACAGAGGAAAGCUCGUCCAGACUUCGAGCGAAUCAGCCGCAUGCUAGAACGUUUUCACGGCCUGACUUCUAAAGAAAGUAAAGAAAGUUUAGAGGCCCUUGUAAACGAAGGGAAAAUACUUAAAGUACAUUUUAAAGGCAACAUUAGUUACAGGCGUCAUGCUUCCGCUGAUGGUAACCGUUCAAAUCAGCCUAGUGAGCCGGCAAAACAUACCACAAGUCACAGAAUUAUCCAGGCAAUUAAAACAAUAACAAAGCAAACUGGGGAUGGGGUAACGUUUACAGAGUUGGAACAGUGGCUCAUCUCUAAAAACCCAGACACAAGGCUUGUAAAACUGAGACUACAUACAGCUUUAUUAAGAGAAAUUGAUGCAAAGCGGGUGACAAAGCUUUCUGACCACUGUUAUGUUUUAACAGAUAGUCUUCCAAGUGGUCAAAAAGCAAAAGAAUUAAAACCAAAUGCUUCACCAAAAACAUUGAAACAUAAGCCCAAGGCUUCCAAACAAACUGCACUAAGUGACACUAUAAAUGCAAGUGAAGAAAUUGAUGAAUCAAAUGAUACAGACGAUCCUAAGCGAGGACGACCAUUAUCAAAACGAAAGAAAAUAAAGAAGACUCAUGGACCGGACUUUGAGGACACUCUUCAGCUACGCAGACUCAACAGUCGAGAAGGCUCAAAGAAUGGAGAAAUCACUUGUGACUUUUGCUCCUGUACUGCUCAAUCUAAUCAUGAAGGAAAACAAGAGCCUUUACUUACAUGUAAAGACUGUAGUGCUAAAGUUCACCCAUCAUGCAUGGAUUAUAGUGAAGAAUUAGCAGAAAGGGCCCUGAACUCUCCCUGGCAAUGUAUGGAUUGUAAAACUUGCUGUAUUUGUGAUGGGGCUGAAAAUGAUGAUUUGAUACUGUUCUGUGAUGCUUGUGAUAAGGGCUUCCAUAUGACCUGUCAUACACCAGCCGUUACGAACAAACCAAAAGGUAGUUGGGUAUGCUCUCCUUGUAAACGAAGAAUAGCUAAAGAUGGCAAUGACAAAAGUAUGAAGAAGAAAGAUGAUGCAAAAUCUGAAGCUACAAGUGAUGGUUCCGGAAAGGAGGAGGAGACCUCAGCAAGGAAAGGCAACAAAAGAAAGAUGAGUGGCCAGACAUCUUCAACAAAACUGAAGAGACAGAAACUUAGCCCAUUAUCCAGUGAAAAGGCAGCCACCAGCUUUACUACAGAUGGAACUGUUGGAGCUCCUAGUUUACCUACACCAGGUGUCACACCCACAGCUUCUCCCAAACCCAGUGAUACAUUCGAUUAUGAGAUGAAGAUGUCACUGCUGGGACAAGGUGUUGCCAUUACUGAGGACAAAACAACAUAUACUGAUGCUUCCAACUGGAAUGUAGACGAUGUUGUCAAGUUUUUUGAUGAGAAUGGGUUUAGAGAACAAUCACAGAUUUUCAGAGAUCAGGAGAUAGAUGGACCUUCCUUGUUAUUGAUGAGAAGAGAAGAUGUGCUUUCAGCAUUGGGUCUCAAACUUGGCCCGGCUUUAAAACUUUACCGCAAAAUUGUGAGAGUUCAGCAGUGUAGCCAGGUUUUGCCAGUCUCGUGAUACUAGUAAUUUUGGGAAAAUUGGGGUUUAGAAUAUCUUAUCUAUAGUUUGAAACAUUAAAAUAGAACUUAAUGAUUAUUUUGUUAAUAAAUGAUUAUUUUGCUAAGUGAAGCAGAAUUUGUAUUUGAAAACUUAAUGUUUAUCCGGUGAUAAAUUUGGAGGAAAUUGUUUUUUUUUCAUUUGGUCUUUCAUUUGCCUGACUGAGCGGAGUUGCCUGUUUCUAGAACAAGAGGAAACAAUGCGGUGCAUUCUUUUUGUAUAUCAUAUCAGAUUUAUAUGUUUUGCGAGGAAAAAGAAAUAAAAGGUUAAGACAUUAAAGCCUGUU